AUGCUGCCCACUGUGACUGUAUUGGGACAUCCCGAAGCCCUUGACAAUGACUUCGUCGACGUCGAGGUGUCUGUGGCGUCGGAACGGUCCAGCUCUUUAUCAGACCAGGACGGAGGGGAAAGUCUGACCCAGGCAGACUCUCCAGAGUGGAUAGCUGGCAUUGCUGACAUCAUCUCAAAUAUGGAGGCCGUGUGGCCGGAUGUCGUGCGGGCCACUCGUGUCCCGAACGUACUUCACGGGCUGGCCAGGCCCCUGAGAGCUCGUGGUGAUUUCUAUCACCUGAGCCAGCCUACAACUCGUUUGCAUGCAUUUUGGUCCCACAGCUGGCACGGUUCUGUUUCAGGAAAAGUUGCCACGUUGUUCUUCCUCAACAAAGCCAGGGCAGCCGCAGUGGCAGGCACAGGAGCAGCAGUUGCUGCGUGCAUCGCUUAUGGAUUUGGUGUUCUUCCCGAUGAUCAAGGGAACAGCUGGUGGUGCUUGAGCGCCGGAUGCCUUGCGUACUUGCUGACAAUGCUACUCUGGCGGCCCCGGCAGCUGGUGUUUGUCGACCGUGUCUGCAUCUCUCAAGUGAAUCCUGAACUUGAAGCGCAGGGCACCCUCAGCUUGGGGGCCAUACUUAAAUGCUCCGAUACGAUGCUGGUACUUUGGGAUCCAACUUGGGCCCGCCGCCUAUGGUGUGUGUACGAGCUUGCCGCCUUCAUUCGCAGCAGGCCCCCAGGCGAGAAGCCAUGCGUCAUCAUCCGACCGACCCGGCUGGGACUCACCAUGUCUGCAUUCUGGUUUGCGUCUGCACUUGGAGGUUUCUCCUUCCACUUCGUGAACUACACCCUGAGCGUAAAUAUUGGCAAUAUGUUUUUGGGAACUGCUUGCUGUGGAUUGAUUUUCUGGUACAUUGCGCACCUCGCCCGCGAGUACUGCCGUGAUGUGACCACGAUGUGCCAGCAUAUCGCACACUUUCGUGUUGCAACGGCUGAAUGCUUUUGCUGCUCUGUAGAGCACAGAAAUCCCCGUAGCACAGAGCCUAUGAUGUGCGACCGAUAG